UUAGAGAGAUGUUCAUUGUUAAAGACUGUUUACUGUUGGCCUUGACAACAGAUGCAACUUUGCUGGGUUCUGAUAUAACUCCUUUCUUCAAAUACUUUUUUUUUCCCCAUGAAGAAGCAGAGUUUUCUAAGUUUUCUGGAGUGAAAAGUUGAAGAAAUGGAUGAGAGGCAUUGGUGGAUAGCAGGCAAAGUGCAGCAGACAUGCCACACUGCAGGACAGGACAGCUCCACCUCAUUGGAAGCCUUUAUAUUAGAAGCCAACAAUCUGCAACUUAUCAACAGCUUUCUCAGAGCUGAAGGACAACAUGCCCUCUUCUUUUUGGUUGAAGCUUAUGAUCAAGCAGAUCCUUUCACCUGGCAAUUUCAUCUUCGAUCAGAUCUACGGAGUUUAGAAAAUGUCAACGGAAAGUCCUCUUUUCCCACAGUGGUUUACUUUCUUCGUGCAGAGAAUGAACGUGACGUUGAUGCUGCAAUGAUGGAGAAGGAAAUAUUUUGUGGGGAAAUCAAGGAAAAUCCAGUAGAAAGUCUUAAAUGCUUGCUGAAUGAAUUGUGCAUACCUUUACUGAGGGCUCAGAAAGACUGGGGUUCCUGCAGCCAGGAGAGUGUCACACAUUUUCUAUCAAAUCUGGAGAAAUAUGUUGUGGCCAUUGAAGAAACUGCCAUUAUAAACAAUGCGGAAAAGCAUCUGACAAUUUUGAAGAGACCACAUAACAUUAUCAGUCCGGAUAUUCUACAGCAAAGAUCUAUGGUCCUUGAUUCAGAGAUUGUCAAUGAAAAUGAAGCCCUACUUUCUGAAUGGAUUAAAACCAUUGAGCAGGUUUUGGCAGAAACUGUGGAUGAAAGAGUUCUGGAUAUUACCACUACUCCUCUGACUGAGCUUCAGCGAUGGCACCAAAGACAGAAGAUGCUGGGAUUGAUAGCAGAGCAACUACGAGGAAAAGAAUGCAAAUCUGUUAUUGGAGUCAUAAUAUCUGCCAAAUCUAAACUGCUAAAGAGGUGGAAAACCAUGGAUAUUGGGAUUACAGAGGCAACCAAUGCUACAAAGGACCGUGUUAAAUACCUGGAGGCACUUUAUCGUCAUCUGGAAGCUUUGUCUACUGACACUGACCCAGUAAACCUUGUAAACAACACAAUCCCCAGCCUCUUCAAUGGCAUCCAGCAGAUUGAAAACAUGACAAAGUUCUUCUCCAAAAAUGGUUAUUUGGGACUCUUACUUACUAAGGUAUCAAAUCAGUUAACACAGAACUGUAAGUUAUUUCUGAAAGAAAGUCUUUUAACUGGAGGGUCAGAAGAGAAACUCUGGAGCAUAAUAAGGAACCAUAUGGUAACAAAUAAAGAUUCUAUUCUGACUGGGGCUGGAGAAGAGAAAAAACACAACAAAGAUAAAUAUAAGGCAGUUAUUUUAAAAAGAAACAGUUCUUUCUAUGAAAGAAUACAAGCUUGCCUUGCAGUGCACAACUGUUUUCAGGAGGAAGUACAACGAUUGCGUGAUUGGUUGUUUGGAGGACACGGACUUCAUCGAUACUCAUCUCUAAGCUCAAUUUCUACGGCACCUGGAAGAUUAUCUUCUUUGCAAACUGCCAAAACGAAUAAAACAAGUCUAAAAAUGCCGCUAUCUAUAACAUCCAGCACAGACCAGCAACAAGAGUACCAAAGCAAUGGUGUGGCUAUAACAGAUGAUGACAUUAUUAUGUACCACUUGGAAGCUCUAAGUAUCAAACUUAAACAAACUCUGGACAUCAUGGAAAAGCUGCAGGAGUAUAAAAUAUUAUCCAUAAUGACAGAAGGCCUACGAAAGCCUGCCCAGGAAGACCUCAUUGAAGAUGAUAACAGUGAAUCUGGAAGCGUCUGUGAAACCCCAAAUGAGGAAGUUAAGGGAACAGAUCUCCAGACUGAAGCUGUCCCUCACCAGUCACAAGUACUAAGGCAAAAUGCAAAUUCUUCUGGAAAAUUGCACACUCUUGUUGAGGAGGAUGAGGCUCAGAUGUGUAUUGAUGACCCCUCCAUGCUAACAGUUCCCUCUGUGAGACAUGAAAAUACUCCUUACAAAGCACCAUCUGACUUGACAAUUGAUGAAGCCUCAGCAGAGGAAGAAGACACUGAAAUUAUGCUUUCAAAUGAGGAGAAACAUAUGCUAGCUAACCUAUAUAACCGAGAAGAUAUGGAUGAUGAUGACUGCACACUGUCAUUCGUUUUAAUGGAAAAACUGGAGCAGAUGAUUGAACUUCUUGCUCAGUAUAUAGAUGCUGAUAUAUUGCUAGACACAGAGAAAAGGGAUCAUAACCCUUUUGAAGAAGGAUAUUCAGAAUUCUUAGUGAUGAACCAGCAAACUGAAACGUAUAUCUCUGUGUACAUACAAGCUUUGUUCCUUAGACAAAUAUUGUGCAAAGAUGCCUUGUCAAUUCUUCAACGGUUUUCUGUUGUGAUACAUAGGCAGGGGAUAAAACACAUCAUUAAUGAGUGUUAUGUAGAAGUUUUUGACUGGUUCUAUGAUGAACUGAAAGAGGUUCAACACAUAUAUGAAACCUUUAAGGAAGAGCCUGUCUUAUCAAGAAACAUGCCACCAGCAGUUGGUGCAAUCAUCUGGUCACGGAAGCUUCUUUCAAGGAUUGAAAAUACAAUGAAAGCUUUCAAAAAUGUGAAAAUUGUAGCAACAUGCCUCACAUACUCACAUACAGUAAAGCUGUAUAAUCAAAUAGCUUCUGCUUUGGUGUCAUAUGAAGAUCUAUGGUAUCAGAAGUGGAGGUCUCAGGUAGACAGAGGUCUGAGCGGACUUCAUUAUACAUUACUUAUCCGAGAACCUGGCACACAACAGUUGAGGGUCAACACUGAUAUGAGAAUAAUCCAUCUGAUUGAAGAGACAAAAUGGAUGUUGAGACUUGGUAUCCGUGUUCCAGAAGCUGCUCUUCAUGCGUAUCAGCAGGCAGAUAAAUUCAAGAUGUAUAAAAGCAAUUUGCAAGACGUUGUUGAAGAGUAUGAAAGAAUUCAACAGAAGAUUCCUCAAAACUUUUCUGUGUUGUUUACCUCCCAUCUGGAGAGGGUAAAACACCAGUUUCAACCAGGGUUAUCUACUCUUUCCUGGAGCAGUGUUAACAUAGAAGGUCUUCUCCAUCAAACUAGCACUGCUGUUAAAAGGCUUCAAUUUAUUGUUGAUAAGGUUACAGGAAUUAAAGAGCAAGUGAUUGAAAGAACCCUUGAAGAGAUUUCCUGUUUUGACUUAUUUCCCAUUGAGAAGAUCACAGAUGUCCCCAAGAAUCCCGUGGAGUUUGUCCAAUUUAUAGAGAUUAAUCUGGUGGAAAAGAAGGCCAAGUUAGAAGCAAUGGCAAAUACCAUUAGAAAUGCAUUUGAGGAUAUCCUAAAAGCUCUGAAGUCUUUUCAGGAAUCCGCACAGGAAAAUAGCAGACCAUCUGCUCGUACGAGGUCUACAGCUUCUAAUUCCAGAAUGAAAAGAACAACGUAUAAACCCCAGACAGUGUCCUUAUCCUCAGAUAACUCCAUUGUGGAUUACCCUGAAGAAAUCACUAGUCAAGUCCUCGAAUCGCUCAGCGAGCAGUUGUAUCAAGCCGUGUCCACCUGUAUACUGCGUUCAUUAGUCAUCCUAGCACAACUUUUAGGUUGUGACAUAGAAUCUUUCGCAACUGAACUUGAAGUAUUUGAUCAAGCAUUAGACGGAUUUAAUCCUCAUGAAAAAAAGUCUUUGGUUAAUACAGUUAAGCUUCUUCUGGGAUCUAAAAUUCAGACACAUAAACUGAGGUUUAAGCUUUCUCUCAUCUUUAAAAUUCCACACAUCCUUAUAGAUCCCACUAUGGAUGUUGCCCAGGACACCAUCAAGCAAGUUGUUCUUUCCAUUAUAAACAUCAGUGAUUCUUUGAGCUGGUGGUCUGGAGAAAGAAAGGGGCAAGCUUUUAAUAUGUCCAUAGCUGCAAACAACAAGCUGCAACACAUUGUGAGAAAGGUUGAGACAAUGAGAGAUCUUCACCCAGUGGUAAAGAAGCAUCUUUUCAGUCUAAGCUGUUAUGACUUCCUGUGGGCGGAUAACAUGUAUAAACAGAGCGAGGAGUUUUUAAUAGGCAAUCCAUGCCUUGCAACCAUUCACAGGGAAGUGAAACGACUUUUAGAUAUUGAAGAAAAAAUUAAAGGUUAUCCGGAGGUUAUGGAAUUAGGCUGUAUUUGUCUUGAUUACUCUUUGAUGAAGGAUACAUUAAAAGGAUUUGCAGGAAGUUGGAAGUCGCAUUAUGCAACAAUAUUACAUCAGCGUGUUAAGGAUGAACUUCACCACGCUGUUCAAUACAGAGAGACAGUAUGGCAGCAGCUCACCACUCCAGUUGAAAGCCUGGAGCAGUUAAACUCCAUCUUAACACUUCUAGAAGAUCUGCACGACAUGGAAAAUAAAAUAGAUGAAGUGUAUCGGCAUAUAGAAGUCAUGUAUGAGCAUUUAAGGUCUUAUAAAUUGCGUAUUCCUAGAGAAGAAGUAAAUGAUGUGGCAAAUCUGAGACAAAAAUGGUUGGAGCUAAUGGAUCUUACUCAUGUUGUGAAACAGACCUUGUUGAAGGAAAAGCAAGAUAUAUUCAAGCAGGAACUUGAUAAGCAAGUUAAAAGUUUUGUUGUAGAGGUGAUCCAGUUUCGCAAUCGCUUUGAUACACAAGGCCCAGCAGCUCCCGGAGUAAAGCCAGAAGAGGCUGUGGCUCGACUGCAUGAUUUCAAUGAGAAAUACCAAAUCUAUGAUGCUAAAAGGAAAACAUUGAAUUCUGUGCAAAGGUUAUUCAAUAUAGUUCCGAAGACAUUCCCAGAGCUGGACAGGACUGGAAAGGACCUGCGCCUACUAGGAACAUUAUAUAUCCUGUUUCAGAAGUUCAUUGGCUUUGACCAGAGAUUCAGGAACACUCUGUGGGCAGAUGCAGAUCUGACAUUAAGUAAUCAGGAGAUUGAGGAAUAUUGGUCUGAAUGUCAAAUCUGGAAUGAUAAACUGAAGGACUGGGAUGCAUACAUUGAAAUGGCUCAUGAAAUCAAAUUCUAUGAAGAUGUAUUUCCACUUCUACAUGAAUUAAAAUCUAAGGAAAUCAGGAACCGUCAUUGGCUUCAAGUAAUGGCAGUUACUGGAAGCUCUUUCCCUCUUGAAGCUAAUGUCUUUAAAGUUUCCCACCUUCUGGACAUCGGACUGUUGAAGUUCCAGAACCAGUUAAUUUCCAUAGCAAAAGCAGCAAAGAAGGAAAUGGAUCUAGAGAUUAAAAUGAGGAAAGUUGAAGAGGAAUGGAGUGAGCAGGUGCUGAACUUCAAGCCUUACAAAAACAAGGUAGUGUUGGUGAAGGAAGACUCCAUGCUCCUACUGGAAGAACUGGAAGAUGCUCAAGUACUUCUUGCACAGAUGUUGACCUCAAAGGAAAUUGAUCCACUAAGAGAAGAGGCCACAACCUGGGCAGAGAAGCUGAAGAAUGUUGGUGAGGUGUUAGAGCUGUGGAUAGAAGUUCAAGAGCUUUGGCAGCACCUAGAAGAAAUAUACAAUAAUCCAAGCAUAAUCCAGGAGCUACCUCUUGAUGCAAGAAGGUUUGCUAAAGUCAACAGACGAUGGACUGUGAUGAUGAUCUCUGCAUACAAAACAAAAAAUGUUCUGCAGUGCUGCUGCACGGGCGAUGUCCCUAAAGAAGUUCUUUUUAGGCACUUCUACCAGGAGCUGGAAAUCUGUUUCUCCGCUCUGAAUUCUUACCUUGGCAGGAUGAGACAAGAUUUCUCUCGCUUCCACUUCCUGUCAGAUUUGGCACUAGUGUCUGUGCUCAGCCGCCCUUGUGAUAUUAAAUAUCUUCAGCAUCAUUUGAGGUCUUUGUUCGGUGGCAUUUUGUCUAUAGAGGUGGAGGAAGUUGAGGAAGAAGAAAGUGUGAGCUCUGAGGAAGAGGCAGCUGAGAUGGCAGGUCCCAUUCUUGACCUUCUCAGUGUGAGAUCUGGAAAUGAAGGAUGGUUGUCUUUGGGACAGCGAAGUAUGACACAUGUCACUGAUACUGAAAGUAUUUUUCAAAGAUCUCUAAAAUCUGCAGGUUUAUCUCAUGAAAGAAAUCAACCAGUAACGUUUAAAGAACUAAACAAGAAAAUAAAUGCAGUUUCAGUCACAGGACAAGCUGGUGAAUGUCUACAACUGGAUGAGCAGGUUGCCAUUGGCCCGGGUUUAGGAGCUUGGCUCAGUAAACUUCACAGUAAUGUGCGUAGUUCACUGAACAACAGAAUCUUCAAAGUAAUUGAAGACAUUAAUCAAGGAGUGGCUAUAGAUGAAUGGGCACAGAAGUAUCCCACACAAGUAGCAGUACUUGGUUUGCUUUACCUGUGGACAAAAGACUUUGAAAGUUCUAUAUCUGAGUUCAGACAAGAUCGAAAGGCACAAUCUCGCCUCUUAAAAAAAUACUCCACAUUGGCAAUGAAGCUUUCUACUAUCUCUUCAAGAGGGCACUGGAAGAAUACGGAGGAGCCAGUAUCCCAAGCUCAGAGGCUGAAGCUGGAAAAUAUAAUCAUGCAAGUACUGUAUCUCCGUGAUGUCAUGGAAACUGUUUUCUCACACAAAGUCAGAGAAGUUGUAGAUUUUGAUUGUAGAAAAGCGACCAGGUUUUACCUUAAAGAAAACAAUGGAUCACUAAGACAUGAGUUGAACAUAUUGGAUGCUCAGUAUGUUUAUGGAUGUGAAUUCUAUGGAGCAACAACCCCUUUCAUUAUGAAUCCCGUAACAGAGAAAUGCUUCCUUAAAAUAUCGCAGAUUUUACAGCAGAGGAAUGGUGUGGUUCUCCAAGGAGAUCCCGGAGUGGGUAAAACUGAAACAGUCAAGGGCCUGUCAUAUUUAUUGGGGAAUUUUGUUUUUCUCUUCACGUGUUCUCCAACAACAGACUUAUCUGCACUGGGGAGAGUUUUGAAUGGAACCGCUCUUGAUGGAUGUUGGAGCUGUUUUGAUGAUUUUCACCUCCUCCCUAAGCAAGCAAUCUCUGUCUUCAUGCACAAUGCACGGGCCCUUUAUGACUCUUUCAAUGCCAGACUACCUAAGAUCGCUUUACAAGAUGGAUGCAAGGUUGAAGCACACCCCAAUUGCAGCCUUUUUCUCACUGUUUCCAAAUCAGGAUUCCAGAAUCUACCUAAGGAUGUGCAAGCCAUAUUUAGAGCUGUCUCCCUGGUUGUUCCUGACCACACUGCACUUCUCAGGGCUAAACUUACCAGCCUUGGCUUUAAAGGCUCCAAGAUUCUCGCUACAAGACUACAACUCAUCUCAGAGCUUCUCAAGGAACAACUCUCAGAGGAAUAUCACCGACAUAUCAGCUUCCAGUCUAUGGUAGAGGUCAUAUACCGGGCAUGUCAAAGGCGGGAGAUGGAGAAGACGAUUAAUGGUCGCAUGGAGCUGGAAGGAGGAAGACUCUCCCGCUCUAGCAGUGCUAUGUCUUAUCAGCAACUUACAGCAUUUGCAGCAAGUCCUGUGCCAAGCUUAAAAACUGGCAACAACACAGACAAGAAUAAAAAAGUAAUCUCUUCUAACCCUGUUGUGGCUGCAAUGAAGGAAAGUCACAUCUUCGUAGCUGACGCGUUGCAAGAUGUGCUAGGCCCACGAAUGACGGGUGAUAGUUAUUUAGUGUUCAAACAAAUUCUUGGAGAUGUUUUUAUGGGAAUGCACGAUACAUCUGGUUCUAGACAAAUCCUUCAAAAGGAAUUAGAAAAAGCCAUUCUGAUGAAGGCCGAUGAAAAUAAAUUGUUUCCCCAUUCACCCUGGUUGAACAAAGUUAAACAGCUCUUCAGUUUGUCCCUUGUAAAUUCAGGUGUGAUUGUAGCAGGUCCACCCGCAUCUGGAAAAAGCUCUUGCAUUCGUACCCUUGUACAAGCUCUCAAUCAUCUCCAGGUCUCUAGUGAGGAGCCAGCCCAUAAAAUUGUAAAAAUCAACCCGCUGAGUGUGGAUAAUGGCACUCUGAUGUUUGGUGGCCAGAAUGUGUCACACAUGUGGCAGGAUGGAGUUGUCACCUAUGUGUGGAAGAAGGCUAUCCGGAAUCACUGUAAUACAUGGCUAUGGUUUGAUGGACAGCUCACCUGCACUUGGACCGACAACUUUAACAGUGUUCUAGGACCAGAAAAGGUUUUGCAACUCAGUAAUGGUGACCAUCUGAAUCUCCCUGAAAAUCUGAAGCUGAUAUUUGAAACAACUGAUUUACAAAUGGCAUCUCCAGCAACACUGUCAAAAACUGGAAUUUUGUAUAUAGAGGGAGAUACUCUUGGUUGGAGACCUUUGUCUAAGAUUUGGCUUGAUGGGAGGAACCAACAAGAAAAUGCAGUUCUAUCAAAAGCCUUCUAUAGGACUUUGGAUCCAGUGUUCAAUCUUAUUCUCUAUGAUACCAAGCCGAUUAUUCCGGUAACAGAAGUUGGGCUUUUCCAUUCAUGCACGAACCUACUUAUGAUCAUGUUAAAUGACAAAGCUCAGAGUAUUGGAGGACAGCUGCAUAUUGAGAGGCUUUUCGUCUUCUGCCUUAUUUGGUCAGUUGGAACACUUAUUGAAACUUCAGAAAGGAAAAGGUUCAGUGAGCUCCUAAAGGUCUACACAUCAGUUUUACCGGAUGAUGAACAAGAGAUUUCUGUCUUUGACUAUUACCUUGAUGAGUCAGGAGAGUGGGACACUUGGCAAUCACGUUUACCAGAUAUCACAUAUGUUGGUAAUACGGACAUCAUGGGAGAAGUAUUUAUUGAAACACAAGACACAAUUAUAGUUCGCACCUUUUUAGAAUAUGCCAGCAUGGGAUUACAACAUGUCUUGUUAACUGGACCUCUUGGCUGUGGGAAGACAGCGCUAAUGAAUGACUUCAACUCCACCCAAGAUCGAGCCCGCACAUUGCUUAAAAGAAUAGUGUUUUCAGGAUCUUCAAAGGCUAAAGAACUACAAGAGCUUCUAGAGCAAAAUAUAGUCCAUCGGCAAGGUUUCAUAUACGGUGCAAGAGAUGGGAAAACAUUGCAUCUAUUCAUUGACGAUCUUAAUCUUCCUACACCUGAUGAAAAUGGGGUGCAAUCCUGUAAUGAGCUGCUAAGAAUGAUUCUUGAUGAUAAACUCUUGGUGAGACUGAACAAACCUUUUGAGUGGCAGAUGCUAGAAGGACUCCUUGUCAGAGCCGUGAUGGCCCUACCCCAGUAUGCCAACAGCACGCAGAGAACAGCGGCACAGCGCUUAUUGCGUCACUUUUCCAUAUUUCAUCUUCCCGAUAUUGGGGGCUCCCAGCUUCGACAAGUUAUUUUCUCUAUACUGGAAGCAAAUAUGGGUGACAAGGAUGGCUUAUCCUUACAAGAAGACCUUCAGCUAUCCCUGGUCAAUGCUUCAUGCCACCUUCUGGAGUCUCUGAAGAAAGUGUUAGUACUGUCUUCUACACCAGGCAGACAACACUACCGGUUCUCUUUACGAGAGAUCACCAAAGUAUUCCAGUCUCUUCGAAAAUUGUCCAGUGAAGAUCGUGAAGACCAUAGUAUUGUUAUAGCAUACUGGCAACAUGAAGUUCAUCGUGUUAUACGAGACAGGCUGUGUCGACAUGCAGACAUCAACUGGUUUGACUCAGAAAUGGCCAAGAAAAUUAAAGAGUAUUUUCCAGACAUUGGAGGGUCUUCACUCCAAAGAACAUUUACAACAUUUCCUCUAGAAAUGAAGUUUUCUCAUCAGACUAGCACAGAAAAUAAAGGUGUAAAGGUAUUGCUACAGUCUGUUACCAAACUAGAUGAUGUGCAAAGUUUUCUGAAGACAACUGUACAACAUUACAACGAGGAGCUUGGGCACCAAAAACUCCACCUUGAAUUAUCACAGAAUGCUGUAUUGCAGAUAAUUCGUAUACACAGAGUACUGUCUUCUGAGAAGGGUGGCAAUGCACUGUUAGUGGGAUGUGUUGGGUCUCAUCUAUCAACAUUAGUGAAGCUAGCCCUCUAUGUUGCUGACAUACCUCUGCAUGUAGUGGAUACAUCUGGACACAAUAACUUCAUCGGUAGUCUGAAAUCUGCCAUCCAAAUUUCUGCAGUUGAAGGAAAACCAACAGCUAUUCUGUUAACUGCGGAUGAGCUUGUGGUUGAUAGUUGUCUAGAUGUCAUUAACAGCCUGUUGAUCUGUGGAGAGUAUGAUUCCUUAUUCACCACUGAAGAAAUGAACGAUCUCCUGCAGGUUCUAGGUCCUGCUUUACGGAGAAAACACCCCCAUCUCGGUUAUGAUCCAGCUAAGUACUUUGUUUCUCAAGUGAAAUCUUACCUGAGGAUAAUGAUAUGCAUUCCACCAUACCAUGAACUUUUGGAAACUGCUUCGGGAAAAUAUCCAGGAUUUUUAAGUGGUUGUCAGCUAAUUUGGAUUGACAGCUGGUCACAAGAUGCUAUCCACAGAGAAGCCAAAUACUACAUAAUGCAACACAAGAUUAUGGAGACCCACACUGAGGAGACACGAGAGAAAAUAGCAUUGGCUGUUUCUUUGAUUCAUAGUUAUAUGCUCCAAGAAAAUAAUCAAGUUCCAUGGGCUGGACAUUGCAAUUCUGAAAUUUCUAUGAAUUCUACAAAUGAUCCGAAACUAGAUAUUUUACAAUCUAAUGUAUACCCAUAUCAUCUUCCACUUUGCAGAGAUAUUGUUCAGGAAAGACUGAAGCUCCAGAUUUCAAAGGAAAGCACAGCAGCAAAAGACAAGGUUUUUAUUGGUCCAAACAUAUUGCAGUUAUUUUUGGAUAACUUUAGAAGUAUAUUCGUGAAGAAAACUGAAGAACAUUACAACACAAAUAAUCAGUUAACAUGCGUACUUGAGACACUUGAUAACACUCGAAUGGAUGUAAAGAAAACUCAAGAAGCAAUUGAUAUCCUAGAAAAAAAAUACAGUGAAGCACAAAUUAUUGCUGCAGACAUUUUAAAUAAACUUAUUACAAAGACUUCCAUUUUGGAGAGAUUGAAAGCCACAUUGGGUCUUGGAGAUGAAACUCUUCAAAUAUUUUUGUCCCAAAAUGAAAACGAACUAGACAAUUUUCAAGAGGAUGAUGAUUUAUUAAAGGAAGAUAAUAGUGAUGAAUAUGAUGAUGCAUUUAACCGCAUGAAGGAGGCCAGUAAAAAGUCCUACCUUCAUGAUGUCACGCAAAAGACAGAGAAAGCAGCAGAUGAACUGAAUGAACUAAAGAAAAAUCUGCAAAUUGUUAAAAAUGAGGUGAUGCAUUGGUGUAGUAAGGUGGACAAACCAUGUGUGGAAAGACUUGUGCGAUGCCAAACCCCUCCAUAUCUGGUUGGCCAGAUUUUGGAAAUGGCUUUGGUCAUGAUCAGCUGCCUCCCAAAAUCUGAAAAUGCAAACGAACUUCUAAAAACUCCAAGUCCGUUAAAUGAAAAAUCAGACAGCAGAGCCAGUAGCAGAUUCCAGCCUUCACCUGUAGGAAAGUCGUCCCCUCCAAAGCGAGGCUUCAGAGAUGCUGCUGACAAAGUUGAUAGAGCAAGGUGGAAAAACAUACAAUAUUGUAUGGGGGAGACCAGCAAGUUUGUUGAUAUGAUACAUCAGAUUGCUAAACUUGAAGAUGGACUUCCAGACCAAGCUCUAAAAGAUGUUGAGGCCUACCUUGGUAAAGCAAAAGAAGGUUCCAUAGGUGUCACUGGUGAAGGCUCUUUGCUGGAAAAUGCUGCCCCACAUGCUACACCCCAGUCCAUAACUCCAGCUAAGAAAUACUCACAAAAUGAUGGCGACAAAACAAAGGAUAAUAAAAAAGGAGGAAUCACUAUUGCAGCAGCACGCUACAGUUCUGAGGAUGCUGCAUCAUUGGUGGCAUUUAUUGUUGCGAUUGUAGAAUACACUCGGCUUUGUGUACCACUAAAAGAAUGCCAGAAAAAGUUGGCAGGUUUAGAACGAGAGAAGGAGGACCUUAUUGUGAAGGAGGAGCAGUCAAAAAUGGUAACUGACAAUUAUGAAGAAGAGCCUGCUGUACUUCAUCAUCACAUUCUGAGCACCCUGACUGCUGAAGAUCUUCCUUCUUUCCAGGCAGAGGUAGACAGACUCCAUGAUGAAUAUGAUGCUGCUGUCAAUCAGAAAUACCAGCUUGUGGAGCAGCUGCAGUCCCAUGAAGAGAAGCUGGAGGCAUCAGUAGACAUCCUGGAGAGGUUGAAAAUACAAGAACAAACAUGGAGAGAUAAAAUUAACCAGAACAAUAGUAAUGACCUCCUCACAAACUGUGUGCUGGCUGCAGCCUAUCUCACAUACUGUCCAGCUCUCAGUGUGGAUGGAAGGAUACGAGUAACCGGACAGUUCUUCACGGUGUGUGAGAACUGUGGACUUCCUCUGCCUCAGAGAAUGCUCCUGAAGGAUUUACCCCUCAUGCAGUUCCUGCACACUCCGAUUGAAAUAAAGAAAUUGGAGAAGAAAGGACUUCCUACAAACCCACUUGCAUUGAAUAAUUCAUGCAUUUUUAUUAAUAAAAUUGCCAGUCUCUCCUGGAUCUUAGUGAGUGAUCCCGCGGGACAAGCUAUUGACUGGAUGAAAGGUCACCUACCAGAUGACACGGUGGAAGUAAUGCACUAUGAUCUUCGGUCUGAAAUGGAUAUAUCCCUGACAGUCGGACAUUCCCUUUUACUCACAUAUUGCAAUAUAGAUGUCAUAGCUCGGGAUGUCCGUUUCAUUCAGAUUCUGCAGUCAAAAAGAGAAUUUCAGCAACACAAGGUUCCAUUCAAAAUGAUGGUGGGAGAACAUGAAGUAGAGUGUCAUCCAGGUUUCCGUAUAUACCUGCACACCACCUGCACACCAGACAGGGUACCUCCUGAGGUGGCCUCCUACUGUACCAUACUGUACUUCUCCCAGGACAGACAAGGACUGACAGAACAGCUUCUGGACAGAUUUAUACAACUCGAAAAGCCAAGACUUAAAGAGGAACACCUACUCCUGAAACAGGAGUGCCUUGAUAAUAUGGUGAUACUUUCAAGUUUGGAAGACAAAAUAAUAGCUACUCUGCAAAGUCAUGGCUCCCUCGUACACAGUCUCUCUGUCACUAAAAAACUUGGACACCUGAAGCUACAGCAUGAAGAAGCCACAGAAAUGCUUAUGAAGAAUGAUGCGGCAGAAGACAUCUUAUUACACGCCAGGGAAGGUUUCCGCGAGAUAGCUGUGCGUGGUGCUGUGAUGUUUGACAGUGCAAGAAUGCUUCAGCAACUUAACAAGAUGUAUGACACCAGCUACAAACAGCUACUGGAACUGUUUGAUUUAUCGGUGGCACAUUCAGAGAGGUAUUCACUCAAAGGUGUAGUUGCCUAUCUAACGAGUAACAUCUUCUCAUACAUUUCCAAAUCCCUGCUGGAAAGGGACAGAAUGGUGUAUGCAUUGCUCACAGCAUUUGAGGUGGAACAGUCACUUGGCAAAAUCCGGCCAGGGGAGAGAGAGUUUUUCAUUUCGUCCGACCUAUGUAGCGCAGUGCUCCAGGGUAGCAAAGUUUCUGAAUACCGGCAGCAAGCAAAGAACCCAUUUGACUGGCUAAGUGAAGAGCAUUUUAAAAAUGUACAGAUUCUUGCCACAUACUUUGACUGGUUUGGAGACCUUUUUGAUCGUAUGUACAAGGAUGGCAAAGAUCUGACUUGGAAAACAUUUUGUGAGAGUGAACAGCCUGAAAACCCUUCCAAGGUUAAAUGGCCUGAAGGAAUGGAUGCACUAAAUGCCUUUCAUAGAUUGCUGAUCUUACGAGCUGUGAGGAUGGAUAGGAUUCUGCCAGCAGCAUCCAACUAUAUCAGUGCAAUUCUGGGGAAGAUGUAUACAUCAGAAGCAGUUGUUGAUCUUCAGACCUCUUUGUCAUGGAUGUCACCUUAUCAGCCAGGGCUACUUAUAUAUAGCAGUGACUGUAAUUUGCCUCGCACCUUACUCCUUGAAUUUGCAGAGCGGAAGAGCCAGAAGAUAACUAUAUUCCCCAUCAGUACGCCUGAUGAAGAAAUAGAUGAAUUGCUCAUAAAUGCCAUGUCAGAGGGUAGUUGGCUCUUCUUAGAGAACAUCCAAAAUUCUGCCAAGUUAAUGAUGUCAUUAGGGGAGAUCCUAAGGUCAAAGAAGAACCCAGACAAAAACUUUCGCUUGUGGCUAUCUGUUCAAGCCAGUGAAGAGCUGCCAACAAGAAUGCUUCAUUACACUGUAAAAACCAUUGUGGAUAUGCCAAUGAACAUUAGAAGAGGUGUCAUUCAGUCCUGGCAGUUUGUCAGCAAUGAAACCUUGGUGUCAAGUCCUCGUCCUGAGUGGCCAGCAUUACUGCACAACCUGUGUUUUUUCCACUGUGCUAGCCGCUUAAGAUCAAUGUAUGGAAUUUCAGCAGGCUGGAAUUGUCCAGACACGAUGCGUUUUGACUGUAAAGAAUUAAUGGAGGGCAUUAAAGUGCUUAAAGAUGAAUUCAAAAACAGUGAUAAUGAAGGUGGAGGAAAUGCUUUAUCCUGGACUGCCAUGAGAUAUCUGCUUUCAGAGAUUAUUUAUGGCUGCAAUGUUUCAGAUGAUUUAGAUAUGACAGUUUUAUCAUCAAUGAUCGAUUACUGGAUUAGCAUUAACGCUACAAAGCGAGACAAUGAACUCACUAAAUUAAGGUUCAAGAUUCCAGCAGCUUUCUUUAACACUGAAAUAAAUCUUGCAUCUCUGAAACAAGCAUUGGAAUCCAUCUCUCCAUAUUCCCUGGAUGCUCCAGAAUCCUUUCACAUGCACUCAUCACCACUGGUUCCUUUUGGUGAACAAAACUAUGUUAUCACAAGUUUAAGGCAACUUUAUGAUUCUCGGACUGCAUACAGGCAUUGGGUUCAGUCUGCAAAAACACAAACCUCCCAAAAAGCUGUGAAACCGGCUUCUGUACAAGGACCUCGUGCCCUCCCUUUUACCUCAACUGACUCUCUGGCCAAUCCUCCUAAUAUGUACUUACAAACAGCCAAGCUAAGCGAGAUUCAUGACAUGUGUGCUUCUCUGCUCUCCAAAGUGCCACGUGGAUGGAGUCGGGAUUUCAUCAAUGAUCGUAUAAAAAAGCUUGGUGGAGAUACCCCUUUCAACCUGUUUUUAAAGAAAGAACUGCAACAUCUCACAUCAGCGUUGUCUGAAAUUAGAAAGAGUUUACAUGUAAUAAAAGAUUCUCUUGAAUCACCCGACACAUUAGGUGAUCAGCUGUCUGACCCCAAUGCUGUCACAAUUGUGCAUGAUCUAUAUCACAAGAAAGCUCCCACACAGUGGUUCAAGAUGGAAUGGAACUUCCCCUGUCCAUCUGAUUGGUCUAUCUCUUCAUGGAUACAAGAUCUACAGCAGAGAGUAGCUCAUUUUGAGAAAAUACUUCAGUUGGGCCGUGAAAAAAUGCCAACAUAUUGGCUUGGGGCUUUUCAUAAUCCCAAGGGUCUACUCUCUCUUCUUAAACAAGAGGCUAUUCGCAGAUACUCCGAGAGAACUGGAAAUGCAGAAUCAGUAGUGUUUAAAACUGAAAUAACACAAAGAGACAAAGAACAUAUUAGAGAUCCACCUCAUGAAGGUAUGUUUGUAUAUGGAGUCCACAUCUGGGGGAUAUUCUGGAACAAGACAGAUGGAGAGAUUGUGGAUUCCCCACAGAAGAGUCUAAACACAUUACCAGUCAUCCAUGUGCAGUGUUUGCCCAGCUCUGAAAAAUCUGGCAUUAGUGAUAAUCCAAAAGUGUCAGAUGUCUAUAUGUGCCCAGUGUACCUCUCCUUAACAUCUGACAAACCGCCUGUUUUUACUCUAGACAUCCAGAAAGAAAACAUUGCUGGCUCUCGGUGGGCUCUCCGAGGCAUGAAAGCAACCAUACAUCCCUUUUGAUAAAUCAGCAUUUGGGAACUUAUAAUGCUAAAAGCAGUCAAUUGUUUGCUUAAGCAAUGUGGAUACAGUUAUUUCAUGUUUCAGUAUGUAGAAAGGCUCCAUUCUUAUAAAAUAACAAGAAACACAAAAUAAACAUUAUUUAAGUAAACAG